CACUUCCAGCCUUCACCUUUGUUCUCCACCUGGAGUUCGUGACCACCCUCGUCUCCUCCCCCUCCAAAGAUAUUUCCUUCCAUUUUUUCUUCUCUCCUUCCUCCCCACCUGCUCCGUUCCUUCGCUCGUGCUCCGCUGCUCUUGCCUGGAUUCUUCCGAUCUGAGCUCCCCUUAAUCGCCCCAAAAUUUUGAUCAUAUAUCAGACAGAUAGAUUCUCUGCUCAGUUCGGAUUUCUUUGACCUCUUCUUCUUGCCUUUUCCCGCAGAUUUUGGUAUCCAAUCGCUCCGCGGUCUUGUACUUUCCGGUCUUCCUAGUUCUUUUCCUGCUGCUUGGCCUUCUCUCCGUGCAAGAGCUAAGCUCUUGAUUCAUCUUCUUCAGCUUCCAUCAAAUUCGAUUCCAUUUCCACUUUUUGGGGUCAAAAGUUUGUGCUUUCCUUUGUGUUGGUGAAGAGAAAGGGGGCGGUGAAGGUGAUGAGAUAGCGAACUUGGACUUCGAUUCUUGGCUUAGGCCCUAUUUGGUUUCUACAAGUCUAAUCUGUUUGGUUGUAGGUGACUUGUGAGCUCUCCCCCUCCCGAGCUCAGAACUCCGUGCCCUCGACCGGGUCCGCGCCCUCGCUCGCUCGCUCGCUCGCUCUCUCUCUCUCUCUCUCUCUCUCUCUCUCUCUCUCUCUCUCUCUCUCUCUCUCUCUCUCUCUCUCUCUCUCUAUCUAUACGUCGUGCUGCCCCAACUCCGCCUCCUGGGUGCCGGCGAGCCUCACUACCCCGACCGAAUCCGCUCUCCCUCCUCCGCCUUCGCGCGUGCGGCCGCAAGAGGGAGUGUCUCGGCUCCUCCGCGUGCGCGGACCCGAGCUUGUUGUGAGUUGUAAGGUCAAAUCCAUUCUCACUAGUCAGCACCGAUGUCUCCUUCGGCUCUUCUACCUGUUCUCUCCGUCCUCCUCCUCCUGUGCUGCUGGCCCCCGGCUCUUGCUUUCUUCGCUGAGCCUGCGCUUUCACGAGCUGCUUGUGGAGACGACCAACUUGUCGUCUUGGAUGCCUCUGAUGGGCUCGUCAACCUGUCGGUCAAUGGGGUUCUGGUGCAGGACGGCGUUCUUGCCUGCCAGAAGCUCCGCUUCUACUUUCGGAGUGGUUGCCUCCGCUGUGGCGAGGUGUCAGAUGCGUGGAGGGUUGAGGUUAAGCAGUACUGUGGUGGUGAAGGGAGCAAAUCCAGCCACGCAACUUCACAUCAAAAUGUCCCAAGGAAGCUGUUGAGGCAGUCCGCAGAUAAUAGCUCAAGAAAUGAUUAUGACCCAUGUGGAGGUUUGAGCUUGCAUGAAAAUAAUCAGGACACCGGUGAUUCUUCAGAAAAUGAUGAUCACCUCCUUGCUGUGCCGGGUGUGAUUCUUCUAUGCUGUGGUCUCAUGUUUCCAUGCUUCCAUGCUGAAAGAAAAGAAGCCAGUAGGCAUGAUACUGCAAGUAUUCAGCGCAAUACAAUUGAAUCAGUUUCAUCUUAUGAAGUAAGCAUGUCAUCUGAGAAAGUCCCACCGACUCCGCAUCGAAUACCUCCAAGCCCUUCUAGAUUUGCACCGUCUCCACAUGUAGCUAGAGUUGGAUCUGUCAACUUAAGCAUCCAGCAGAUCCUCAGGGCAACUCAGAAUUUCUCACCUUCCUUUAAGUUAGGUGAAGGAGGAUUUGGGAGGGUCUACAGGGCUGUCUUGCCAGAUGGCACCGUUGUUGCAGUCAAGAGGGCUAAAAAGGAUCAAUUUGCAGGUCCUAGGGAUGAGUUUAGCAAUGAAGUAGACUUGCUUGCUAAGAUAGACCACCGAAAUUUGGUGAGGUUACUGGGCUUUACUGACAAAGGAAAUGAGCGUAUUAUCAUCACUGAGUAUGUUCCAAAUGGCACUCUAAGAGAACAUCUAGAUGGUCAACACGGCAGAGUCCUGGAUUUUAAUCAGCGCCUAGAAAUUGCAAUCGAUGUUGCUCAUGCACUUACUUAUCUCCAUUUGUAUGCAGAGAAGACGAUAAUUCACCGGGAUGUGAAGUCAUCAAAUAUCCUACUGACGGAUAGCUACCGGGCAAAAGUGUCUGACUUUGGAUUUGCAAGGAGUGGCCCUAGUGACACGGAGAAUACACACAUAUCAACAAAAGUGAAAGGCACAGCUGGGUACCUGGAUCCUGAAUACCUGAGAACAUACCAGCUAACUCCAAAGAGUGAUGUCUUCUCCUUUGGCAUAUUGCUUGUGGAGAUUCUUUCUGCUCGCCGACCCGUAGAGCUGAAGCGAACUCCUGAAGAGAGGAUAACUAUCAGAUGGACUUUCAAGAAAUUUAAUGAAGGAAACAUAAGAGAGAUAUUGGACCCAUUGCUGGAGGACCGCGUUGAUGAUGAGGUGCUUGAGAAGCUCCUUAGCUUGGCGUUCCAGUGUGCUGCACCAACACGGGAUGACCGCCCGACCAUGAAGGAAGUUGGGGAGCAGCUGUGGGAAAUAAGGAAAGAGUACGGAAAGAGCAUCAGGAUGGUGUGAAGCUCAUGGACAAAUCUUACCAGUUUCUAGGUUCCCUUCAAUCACAAGCCCAAGCAUUCUUAUUAUUCGGACCUGAUGGGUGUAUGUAUCUGGUGGCAUGUUUCUGACCUGACAAAUGUGGUCUGAACAAUGUACAGAUUUUGAUGACACCAUUGUCAAUUUCUAUCUCCUUGUCUAUCGGUCUGCGGUGUACUUUUCCAUGGAGUUACAAUUCUUUCAGUGAAUGUAACAUUUCUUGAUUCACUGAUGUGGCAUUCUGAUGCAUGUAACCACACAAUAAACUGCAAAUGGUUUACCUAUGUGAAAUACAUUAUUACUGAUGAACGGGUGCUAGAUUACUGA